CCCAUCCAUUAUCUAUCCAGGCAAGAAUAGAGCAGAGAAGCCUUGCUGGGAGCUCAAGAAGCAGGCGCCAAUGGCGAGGCAUCGCCUCCUUGCCCUGCUCCUCAUCGGGGUAGUGGCAGCCUCCGCCUACCACCAAGCAGCCGCUGCUGGCCGAGGCCUCGCUGCUGUCGAGAAGCUCCCGGAGCCCGAACCUAAGCCUGUGCCGUACGCAGAGCCAAAGCCGAAGCCCAUGCCACAGCCAGAACCCAAACCAGAGCCAAUGCCCAAGCCCAUGCCCAAACCAGAGCCAAUGCCCAAGCCCAUGCCCAAGCCAGAGCCAAAGCCAGAACCAUUACCCAAACCUGAACCUAAACCGGAGCCCAAACCUAAACCAAUGCCCAAACCUGAACCCAAGCCUGAACCAUUGCCGAAGCCAGAGCCAAAACCGAAACCCAAGUGUGAACCUAAACCUAAGCCUAAGCCUGAACCUAAACCUAUGCCAGAGCCAAAACCCGAGCCCAAGCCUGAACCUAAACCUAUGCCAAAGCCUAAGCCGAUGCCUAAGCCUGAACCUAAGCCAGAGCCUAAACCGGAGCCAAAGCCUAAACCUGAACCAAAGCCAGAGCCCAAACCAGAACCAAAGCCGAAACCAAUGCCUAAACCUGAACCAAAGCGAGAGCCUAAACCAGACCCCAAGCCUGAACCUGAACCCAAACCAGAGCCGCCACCAAAAAGCAAACCACCGUCAACUGACAUUUGAUACAUUACAUGUUGUCCAAGUCCGGAGCUAGCUUAUGGCUAGUUUGAACAUGCAAUUCCUGGAAUAAGUGGCAUCUUGACAUCACCUCUAGAUAGUGAGGAUUGCACAUUUUCGUAUUUCAUGUAUUACAUUCCUCUUGUCUUUUAUCCAUGUAUGCACGAUGAGUGUACGACUUCUUUGAUUAUGUUUUACUUGUUUAAUUUUUCAUGUUUAUCUAUCUACGUGACUCGCCAUACUCCUUAUGUAUGUACGUGCAUGGAUUGUUUUCCUUCAAAUAUAGAGACAAAUUCUCUAGCCA